AUUGUGUUAGUUGGGCAGUGUAUCCAGUACAAAUUGGCACCUUCUAUAUAGGUUGUGUGGUUUCUCUCUCUCUGUAUUUUCUUUUUGGAGAUAAAUUGUGUGUGUUUCUCUCUCUCUGUCCUUUCUAUAUUGAGAUAUAUUGUUUGUGUCUCUCCAGCCCUAGAACACAAUCUCAUACAUCAGAGUGUGAAUAUAUGGGUUCAGAUUGUAACAACACCAAUAAUAUGACAUCAACAUUGUCAUCUAAUAAUCACGAUCAUCACAUUCACGCAGUUUUGUUUCCAUUUAUGGCAAAAGGCCACACUAUUCCACUCCUUCACCUAGCUCAUGUCCUCCUCAACCGCCAUGUAACCGUCACCUUCCUCACUACUCCAGCCAACCGACCCUUCAUAGCUCAAUCUCUCUCCGGCACAUCCGCUGCCAUUCUCGAGCUUCCCUUUCCGGAAAACAUGCCGGGAGUCCCCGCCGGCGUAGAGGGUACAGACGCUUUGCCUUCUGUGUCCAUGCCCGUCCUCCAUACCUUCGUUUUGGGCACCCAACUCAUGAAACCCGACUUAGAUCGAGCUCUGGAGAAUAUUCAACCUCCAGUGAGCUUCAUGGUCUCUGAUGGGUUCCUCUGGUGGACCCUUGAUUCGGCCUCCAAGCUGGGAUUCCCACGGUUGGUUUCUUACGGUAUGUCACAUUACUCCAUGGCCGUCUUCCAUUCUCUCUUUAAUGGUAAAACGUCUGCUCUUCACGAACAGGAGCAAGAUGAUAAUAAUAUGGAGACAGAGACAGGGACAGGAGUCCCUGAUUUUCCUUGGAUUAAACUCGCGCGAAACGAAUUUUUCCCACGUGUUAAAAAUGAUGAAGAAGAGUCUAUUGCUCUUGAGUUCCAGUCAAAAACUAUUGAGGCCUCAAGUAAUAGCUUUGGUAUUAUUUUCAACAGCUUUUAUGAGCUGGAGCCAGUGUUCGUCGAUUACUGGAACCGAAAAGUUGGGCCAAAAUCAUGGCCUGUUGGGCCUCUCUGCUUACAUGCCAUGCCAUCCAACUCUACAAAAACAGAGAGCAGGGCUGAUGAUGUUCAUCAAUGGCUCGACGAAAAGAUCGAGAAGGGAUCGAGUUCAGUUCUUUACGUGGCAUUUGGGUCUCAAGCAACAGUUUCAUCGGAACAACUUAGAGAAAUCGCAAAAGGGUUGGUAGAUUCAAACGUAAAUUUCUUAUGGGUGGUACGGAAAUCACAAGCUGAGGAGUGCAUUAAGUUCUUUGAAGGGUUCGAAAACAGAGUGAAAAACAGAGGAAUGGUGGUGAGAGGUUGGGUUGACCAAAUGGAGAUAUUGAACCACAAAAGCGUUAAAGGGUUUUUGAGUCAUUGUGGUUGGAACUCUGUGAUGGAGAGUAUAAGUGCGGGAGUGCCGAUUCUAGCUUGGCCCAUGGGGGCAGAGCAGCCUUUAAAUGCGAAAAUGGUGGCGGAAGAGAUGAAGGUUGGGUUGAGAGUUAAGAGUUGUGAUGGAUCAUUGAAUGGGGUUGUGAAGAGUGAGGAGGUGAGUACAAUGGUGAAGGAGUUAAUGGAGGGAGAGAAGGGUAAAGAGGUGAGGAAGAAUGUAGAGGAAAUUGCAGUUAUGGGGCAUAAGGCUGUGGAGGAAGGUGGGUCUUCGUGGGAAGCGUUAGACUCGCUUCUCAAGGAGGCAUGCAAAAUGCAAAUGCAAUAAUUGAAAUUUGAAACCAAAAUGUAAUUCAUAUCUUAUUUGAGAUUCUCUGUCUUGUCUUUAUCAAUUUAUUUGUGAGGUAGCAUGUGAUGCUUUAGCAAAAUGGGCUAGAGAAAAUAGUCAGUGUAAUGGCUACAUUUUUUCGAGGAUUCCCAACUUUUUAUUGCAAUGAACCUCUCUUAGUUCUUUCUUAAAAAAAAAAAAAAAAAAAAACUAUUUUAGCAUGGGUAUGUAUUGGAGGUUGUGAUUCGAAUCCACUAAUAUAUAAAUGUUUAAAUAAAUAAAAUCUUGCGUGCGCCAAGUAAUAGAAGCAUUCUUAC